UGUGGUGCGCGCGCGCGCACACACACACACACACGUUUACUGUGCAGGACUUUGGCUUCUUCUUCUCUUUGUGUCUGCAGAUUUCUCCAAACUCUCCACCAAACUGCCUAGUAACCCACCUCCAACAUGUCUCUUCUCACCCACCUGUUGGCAUGCCUGUUCGGUAUGGGUUCCUGGGUCUCCAUCAACGGCCUGUGGGUGGAGCUGCCUCUGGUUGUCCCCCAGAUCCCAGAGGGUUGGUACCUGCCCUCCUACCUGUCAGUCCUCAUCCAGAUGGCCAACAUUGGGCCUCUCUUUGUCACCCUGAUGCAUCGUUUCCGACCGGGCGCUCUGAACGAGGCGGCCGUUAUAUAUGUGAUCAUCGGCCUGGGUACAGUGGCGAGUUUCUUGCUGGGGUUCUUCUGGAAGGAGACUGUGGUUGUAGCAGGAAUCUCUCACAGUGUGCCUCUCCUCAUUUUAACUUUCUUCCUAGCUACUGUUGACUGCACUUCUUCCGUCACCUUCCUUCCCUUCAUGAUGCGCCUCAAGCCUCAGUAUCUCACCACCUACUACAUCGGGGAGGGUGUGAGCGGCCUGCUGCCGGCUCUAGUGGCUCUGAUCCAGGGUGUGGGGGUCGUCCACUGCAUAAACAGCACACAGUCUGUGAACCACACCCUCAAUAUGACCUUCGAUCUCCAGGCCCAGUAUCAGCCUGCAAACUUCUCCGUUGAGGUGUUUUUCUUCUUCCUCAGUGCCAUGAUGCUGGUGUGCCUGGGGGCUUUCCUCCUCCUGAACUACCAUCCAUCUGUGGCCAGGGAGCAACCAAACAGCAGACACGCCACCAGAGUGAAACGGAAAGCUCAGAAAAGCAGGGAGUGGGUCGAGCAGAAGCCAAUGAUGGAUCUGCACAGUCCAGCAAACCAGAAGCUCAGAAGCAGCUUUGGCACUGGCUCAUACAGCUGGAUGCAGGUGUUUUAUAUUUUUGGGAUUCUGACCUGGGUGAACGCUCUGAGCAACACGGUUCUUCCCUCGGUGCAGUCCUACUCGUGCCUGCCAUACGGGAACAACGCUUACCACUUGUCGGCCACUUUAGCCGCGUUGUCCAACCCUCUGGCAUGCUUCAUCGCCAUGUUCUUACCAAUCAGAUCCCUGCUGUUCAUGGGAGCCCUCACAGUGAUUGGCACUGGAGUUGGAGUUUAUAUAAUGAUCAUGGCAGUGCUGAGUCCAUGCCCACUGCUGGUUAAUGAUACCUCAGGUGGUGUUCUCAUUGUGCUGGCCUGGGUCCUCCUUAUUCUCACUCUGUCCUAUGUGAAGGUGAUCAUCGGGGUGAUCCUCCGUGAUGAAGGCCACAGCGCACUCGUGUGGUGUGGAGCUGUGGUGCAGCUGGGCUCUCUGCUGGGAGCUGUGACCAUGUUUCCUCUUGUCAGUGUGUACAACUACUUUUCCUCAGGAGACCCGUGCAACACAAAAUGUCCCUAAAUGAAGAAGUGGCAAAGAAGACGCUGGAAGCAGAUUUAGUAACUGCUAACAUCUUAGUGAGUGAGAUGAGGAAAAUCGAUUUAUGUAUUCCCAUUUUUUUUGUGAUCCAAUAAGUUCAUUUAUGCAUUUACUGAUCCUGAUCAGUGUGACUCGUGUGUGAAUCUGUGUAAAAUCUACAGCGGUGGUUCAGAACUGCCACAGCAGAUAAACACUGACUUUGACUCUGUGUGGGAUCUCCCGGCAUCCUUUAAGGUACUAUCACUCAGGGGUGGGGUUAGAUCUCAAGUGGGACAGCACUGCCACUGUGGGACAGGUCAGCAGUGCUGAGAGGUACUCAGAACUGAAGUUAUUUCAGCUGCUCUUCUGUUUGGUAACAGUUUUUGGGCUUCGGUCUGGACACAUCCGUACUAGCUUGCCACACCUUUUUUGGGCCAUAUCUGAUCAUUUUAGCUAUUUCAGUUAUGACACACAUAUUCUGUCAUUUUACACUGUAUUUCUCCCCUGUGUGAAACUGAAAAAUAACUAGCA